GCGAACAAAAGUUAGAUAGAGAGAGAGCGAGCAAUCUCAGAAAGGAGAACAUGAACAACAUUCUCCGGCGACAUGUUCUCCUUUUAACGGUGGCCACCGUGUUAUUCUCAACCGUUCCGGUUUCAAACUCUAUUCCAUUUAUAUUGUUCCACGGAAUUGGAGAUAAAUGCUCUGGUGGAGUUGGUAACUUCACGCAACUACUAAGCAACCUCUCCGGCUCUCCUGGCUCUUGCAUGGAAAUAGGAAACGGAGAAGCAGCCUCAUGGUUGAUGCCACUAAUGCACCAGGCGAGUGUAGCUUGUGAGAAAGUGAAGAUGAUGAAAGAGCUGAGUCAAGGUUACAACAUUGUUGCACAGUCUCAAGGAAACUUAGUAGCUAGAGGUUUAAUCGAGUUCUGCGACGAUGCUCCUCCUGUCAUCAACUAUGUUUCUUUAGGAGGUCCUCAUGCUGGCAUCGCCGAAAUCCCCAAAUGCUCUUCUGGUCCCUUUUGCGCUAUAGCAGAAGCUUUGAUGAAGUUAGAGAUCUACAACGACUUCGUUCAAGAUCAUUUUGCUCCUAGUGGUUAUGUCAAGAUCCCUGGUGAAAUUACAAAGUAUUUGGAGCACUCUAAAUAUCUACCAAAGCUUAACAAUGAGAGACCUGAAGAGAGAAACUCUACUAUCAAAGACCGUUUCAUGAGCUUACAUAACUUGGUUCUUGUCAUGUUCCAGAACGACACAACUUUGGUCCCUAAAGAAACUUCUUGGUUUGGAUAUUAUACAGAUGAUAGUUUUGAUUCUCUUUUGUCAACUCAACAGACAAAACUAUACAGGGAAGACUGGAUCGGCCUGAAAGCAUUGGAUGACGUAGGAAAAGUGAAGUUUGUGAAUGUCUCAGGGGACCACCUUAUGAUAGAGUAUAAGGACGUUGUUAAAUACGUUGUGCCUUACUUAAUGCAGACAAGUUUGUAAAUUCUUUAACAUGUGACCAUCACUGUCAUUUUAUACGAUUUUUAAAACAUAUG